AUGGCUGAGGCGGGCAAAGAAGAUUCCGAGACUCUACCCAACACGCCAGAUACAGUGCCCCUGGAUGACCACUUCUUCAGCCCCAGGACCCGUGCAAGGCUGCAAGGCGACUUCGCUCGUCUGGUCCCCGUCAAUCACGCUGCAGUUCUUGCGUUCCAUUCGAUCGCCGAACGUACGAGGCUUGACCCAGAUUGGAAUCCUCACAUUCGGAAGUUCCUCUUCAUCGAGGAAUCCGCCCGCCAGCUUUCUCCUGAAUGGGAUGGUAGCGAUGUUUCUAGCGACACAACAGGCGGGUACCCGGCUCAAGUGUUGAUGGGCUACUACAGACUCAGUUUGGAGAUUCUGACCAAUCACACUAGACUAGGCUGGGUUAUUGGCAGUGGCAGAAAGGAUCUCGUCAAUGGUGGCGUUGAUUUCCUAUUGACCCUCCAGAAAAAUAGACAUCAUGUCCACGGCCGACAUGCUCGGCUGGUCCAUCAUGCACAGAAUGGCGCCUUGAUGCUCGUCGUUGGCAAAGGCAAGGUUGUUCUUGUUAAUGGCAUUGAGAGACUGGAGGGCUCACAGCGAGUUCUCGGGUCAGUGCGUACCGCCCUGUCGUUCGGCAAUCUAUCCUACAAUUUGGAAUUUACGGGACUGAAUGAAAACAACUAUCGCCAAAAGCUAGGAGAGCUAUUCACGAAGCUCCAUCCUGAUGGCGACGUCCCCCCAAUGUCUCUCGAAUUGACGCCCCUUGAACACCACCAUGAAUUGCACGGGUUUCUGAUACACUCCCCGUUCGCAUCUGGCGCCAGCGGUGUGGUGUCUGCCGGCUUUGAAAAGUCAUCCGGCCAGGCGGUGGCGAUAAAACGCGUCAAACGUACGCCAGCGACAGUUGCCCGAAUCCAACUUGAAAUCCAAAUUUACAAGAAAAUAGGUAACCAUCCAAAUCUCUGCCACUUGAUGGCUGAUCUAUAUUCUGGAGGUGAUGAAUACAGCACGGGAAAGUCCAAGAUUAAUGAUGUCUACUUGGUGCACUCUCCACUGGCCAGACAGACAUUUCUUGAAUUGACCCUCUCAAAAAAGUCAUGUGACGUCCGUAUGUCUGCCUUCCACCAGGUCUUGAAAGGCCUCGCCCAUCUUCAUCACCACGGAAUCAUGCACCGAGACUUGAAGCCCACGAAUAUGAUGAUAGUGUCGUACUCACCCGUACAUGCAAUUAUUAUUGAUUACGGGAGUGCGACUUUCGACGCCACCUCGACAGAUCAUUACUGCGGAACUAUUGCAUAUCUUGCACCCGAAAUUCUCAAACUCAAGUAUCAGAACGAGAGUCUGGGCCGGGACCCUUAUGAUUGCCGUGUUGACGUCUGGGCCAUGGGACUUUCAGGGUAUCAGCUUUUCUUCCAGGAGCCUUGCAGAUGGGAGAAAGGUGUUAGCAGUGCCGCUCAUAAAGUCAUCAUACAAACCUUGAAAUCCCACCCAGCAUCUAUUGCUGACGUGCUUGAGAAGAUGCUUUCGUGGCAAGGUGCGCAUCGCCCCAAUGCAAAUGAGCUGCUUCAGGCCAGUAUUUGGUCCAAGCUUGCCGAGGGCACUGAAGCUCAAAACAUCGACACUUCUCCAUCUUCGUACGCUCCAAAAAGAUUGAAGAGAUGA